AUGAAGCUCACCACUGCUCAGCUGCUCCUUGCCGGAGCUGGUCUCUCUGGCUUGACGGCCGCGCUGCCGCACAGAGACAGCCCCCAGCAGCGCUUCCUCAACGGCCUCGCCCUGCCCGACAAGUACGCCGGCCGCCACCGUCCGUACACUCCGGGCCACCGCGACAAGCUCGACAGAUACAUUGAUCCCGAGCAGGACGACCUGGAUCCCCUGCCCUGGCGCAAUGGCCGCGGAGCCAGCGUCCUCGGACCGUACAACCGCGAUCGCUCGCGCCAGAGCCCAGACUUGGUGCGCCCGCCUAGCACAGACCACGGCAAUGUCGCCAACAUGCGCUGGAGCUUUGCCGACUCUCACACUCGCAUCGAGGAAGGCGGAUGGACGAGACAGACCACCGUCCGCGAGCUCCCCACCAGUGUUGAGCUGGCCGGCGUCAACAUGAGACUCGACUCUGGUGUCAUUCGCGAGCUCCACUGGCACAAGGAGGCCGAAUGGGCCUACGUCCUCGAGGGCAGCGUCCGAGUGACGGCUCUCGACUACGAAGGCGGCAACUUCAUCGACGACCUCAACAAGGGCGACCUCUGGUACUUUCCCAGCGGCGUCCCGCACUCGCUGCAAGGCCUGGGCGAGAAUGGCACCGAGUUUCUGCUCAUCUUUGACGACGGCAGCUUCUCCGAAGAGUCUACCUUUAUCCUGACGGACUGGCUCGCUCACACACCCAAGAGCGUCAUUGCCGAAAACUUUCACCUCGCCCCCGAAGUCUUCCACCACCUCCCCAAGAGCGAAAAGUACAUCUUCCAGGGCUCCCAGCCCGGCUCCGUCGACGAGGAGCGCCCGCGCGGCCGCAACGUCAAAAAGUCAAAGUACCAGUUCACGCACAAGAUGCUCGACCAGCCGCCCAAGAAGACGUCGGGCGGCGAGGUGCGCGUCACCGACAGCACCAACUUCCCCAUCUCCAAGACGGUCGCGGCCGCGCACGCCGUCAUCGAGCCCGGCGCGCUGCGCGAGAUGCACUGGCACCCCGUCGCCGACGAGUGGUCGUACUUUAUCCGCGGCAAGGCUCGCGUCACCAUCUUCGCCGCCGAGGGCAACGCCCGCACCUUCAACUACGUCGCCGGCGACGUCGGCAUCGUCCCCAAGAACAUGGGCCACUUUGUCGAGAACAUUGGCGACGAGCCCCUCGAGAUGCUCGAAGUCUUCCGCGCCGACCAGUUCCGCGACUUUUCCCUCUUCCAGUGGAUGGGCGAGACGCCGCAGCGCAUGGUCCUCGACCACCUCUUUGCCGACGACAAGGAGGGCGGCGAAAAGUUUUGGGAGGCCGUCCGCGACCCCAGCAAGGAUGAGAUUACGGACCCGGAAAAGAGCCUCUCCCACGAGGAAGACAAUGACGAGGAGCUGUAA